AUUUAUUUAUUUAUUUAUUAUGAGACUUGCAUCUAUUUUUGGUCACGCAAGAGAUUGACUGCGAGACGAGACCCAUGCCAGCACAAUCGAAGCAUCAAGCAAAAAACAGAACACAAGUGUAAUAAAGACAAUGAUGAUGGGAAGGCUACUUCUGUUGGCUGCUCUGUUUGCAGCUACGCAUGCCCAGAGCUGUUACGAACAAGCCCCGUUUGAUUGUACAGAUGGGACCUAUUGCACCCGAUGGUACGAUGGCUGCAAUCAGUGCGCCUGCGAUUCCCCCGAUGGUUUUGUCCUUUGCACGGAACGAUACUGCGGUUGUCUCAGCGAUCAAAGUUGCAUCCCGUCUUGCAACGACAAUGAUCAGUGCAGUGCGACUGGUAUGCUGAUGACGGUAGAAGAAGAAGAAUUUUUGGAACCCGUGAUACGCUUUAGUUUUCGCUUUGGAUUCUUCCAAGACGAACUGACGCCGGAUGCCACAGAAAUCAUCCAAGAGGAUAUAGAGGGCGUGAUUUGUCAGACUCAGUACUUCAUGAGUUGGCUGGUUCAAAAUGCCACCAAUGCCAAGAGCAUCCAUGUCAGAGCCACCGAGAUUGAUUGGGGUUUCUAUGACGAGGAGCUCUUGCCAGCACACAUCAACUUUACCGUGGAGUUCACGGAUGCAAUCACGGGUACAGCCGGCUGGCUGGAUGAUCAAGUCUUGAUUAAUGAAAUGGAAAAGCUGGGCGAUCAGGGUCUACAGUGGUUUAUCACAGACUGGGUUUGGAGGGCGGAACCGAAUGGACUCAACUUUUUCGUCAAUGCCAACCGCAUGGCCUUUGAUGGAGCGAAGCAAGCUCCCGUCGAGGGCACUCUCGACCAAGCGGAAUGCCCCGAAACCAUGGCACCGACUGUAGCACCAUCGAUCUACACGGAAGCAUUGACUUGGCCCUUUGGUCCCAACUACAGUGACUUGGAUGACUUGGAUCCCAUGGUGGAUUUUUCUCUUUUGUUUUCUCUGUUUGACCAACAAGAACGUCGACCGACACAGGAAGAAGUCAACGCCUUGAUCUGCCAAGUCAACAGUUACUACACCACGGAAUUGCAGCGCAAACUAAAUGAUACCAUUCAUGCCAAGGCUGUCUACAUUGAUUACUAUCUUGACGAAGCUAGAGAAGCUAUUUCCCUGAACUUUACCACCUUUGCUUUCUACGACGAUGAAGCUCAAACUCAAGUCAAUGCCACUGACGUCUUUGAAGCCAUGCAACUUACCAGUGAUGAACUCGAGGACUUUGUGGAACUCUACGUUUGGAGGAGUGAACCAGAACAAGAAAAUGUCUUUUUCAAUACCGAAGCGCUGUCCAUCCAAUCCAGUAUUGGUGAUGCCAUCAACGAUCAAGCCAUGAUCGUCGAAGCCACUGGCUGCAUUGCGGAACUAACGACAAACGAUACGCUUGCUGGAAACACCAAUACGACCAACAAUGACACUCUCCGAUUCAUGUUCGAGUUUGGGUUUUUGGACGAGACGCCCCAAGAACUCGUUAGGGAAGAUGUCGAGUACCUAAUGUGCCAGACACAGGUUUUCUUGACACGAGUGUUGUCCGACCUUUUGGAAGAUGACGUGUCGGUUGUGACUACCGACAUUGAGUAUGGGUAUGUCGAAGGACACGACUUGCCCGCGCAGGUCAACUUUAGUAUUGUCUAUCAGGAUGAAGACGGUAUGGAUGUCGCCGACUCGUCCGUGUACGACCAAAUUCUGGUGAACACUCUGGAAAACCUCACAUCGAUCGAUUGGGAAAAGUUUUUGAACCAAUAUGUGAGGGAACCCACGGGGCUGAACUUGUUUGGGAAUGCCAAUCAAGUGGUCUUUCAAGUGGAUAGAUCAUUGGCAACAACAACACCGGUGGUUAAUGCUGGAGAGAUGAUUAUUGGGACGAUUCCAUGUCCCGAUACAUCCGUCGCGGCCAGUCGUCUUCAUCAUCAUGUCCGGCGCGGAGAUGACAUUGAAGAAGCUUUCCCGUAGAUAUUCUGUAAGCCUUUGUUUUGGUUCGUACAUUCAUUCAUUCCAUUCACGUUCUUGUCAUUGCUGCAGUGCUUGACGUGUUGUUGUUGUUGUUGUUCGGAUCAUACAAGCACUGGAUCAAGUGUGCCAUGUACCGUAUGCGUGGUAACUGCAGCGGAUGAAAAUGAAUGCCGUCAUUGUCCGCGGUGUAGCGACAAUCUUCCAAGUCGUAAUCGUUGUAAAUGGCCACGGUCAAACCCGGGGGCGGCUGGAGUGCCCGGACAAACCGUUCGAGUCGAGAAUUCAGUGCACGAGCGCUUCGAUCCAACAUGAGGCCAUUUUCGCAGUAGCGUUGAAUAUCGGAUUCGGUCAAUGUUGUCAUUUCGUUUUGAAAGUGCUGUAGUUUUUCCCGACAUUUGGCUUGCUUUGUUGAUUGUUGUUGCUGCGUUAGGUUGUGACAAAUGAGAUUGGUGGUUUUGAACAAGAGCAAUUGGACCGUGCCGGUUUGCUGUGCCACUUGGACCACCUUGUGCAACCAAUCUUCGUAAUGGAACCACAUGUCGACGUUGCAGGGUUUCAGAAUGGCCCGAUAAAACAUGUGCAAUCCCCAGUUGGCAAUCAGAAUAUCGGGCGUGCGGAUCGUAUUAUUAGUAUUGCCCGGGGACAAUUGUGGAUUCAAUAUUGAAGGCCAGACGUAUUGGUCAAAUAGGCAGUUUUUGCGUUGAUUGGUGCCCCGAAAUCCCUUCCAGAGAAUGUGGCCCGUGGUAUUGGUUGCUGUUGGCAGCUGUGUGGAAAAGGACGUAGUGUCGUAGCGAGUGUGAUUGCUAUGCGUGAAAUAGUCCGUAAUGGCGUCAAAGGCAUUGGACAAGUUGCGAUGGGGUAAACUUUCCAAGAGAUGAUUGGGGAUGGCAUUGUUGUUGCUACUACUAUCCAUCAACCGAUGCAUCCACUGCGCCGUAUAGAACAGAGUGGAAUCUCCCACCAGGGCAAUGGAACGACCACCAAAGGCAGAUUGCAGCAAUUGUGUGGAAAGUGGGGGAAAUGUCCAUUGCUUCGUCUCGUCCUUGUCAUCAGCCACUAUAAGUGCUCGCAGAGAUGUGCCUUCUAGGUCAUCCUGGAGGGUCUGACGAAAGACACGGGUACUGCUGGUCAG